GUCUGAACCCAGUCAACAGGUUUGGAUUUGAGAUGACGCUGUCUGGGAUCAUACUGAUCGUUUUCUCUGGAGCUGUUUAUGCUUCUGCAGCAAGUAAGACAUGAACUGCAACUUUUGGCUUUUUCGUCCAUCCAUGACUUCCACUACAUCUACGGGUGCUAUGAAUACGGCGAGGUGCGGGUGGAUGUCCUUGUUGAUGAUGAGGUGGCCGCAUAUGCUGACUUCAGCAAGGAUGAAGUGGUGUUUGCGAUACCUCACCUGCCACAGUCUGUUCCACGCUUGAAGAAAGAGGCUUAUGCAUUAGCCAAAGCUAGCAUUGCUCACUGUCACAGUGUUUUAAGUAAAGCAAGAAAAGCGGAUCCUGGUGCUCCCAUUCGGCAAGACGCUCCAGACAUCUCCAUAUAUAGCCGGUAUGAGGGGGAGGAUGGUGUGGUGAACACGCUCUUCUGUUUGGCCAAUCACUUCUACCCCCCCUCCAUCAACUUCACAUGGACAAAGAAUGGGGUGGAGGUCACAGAAGGGGUAUCCAACCUGCGUUACCGCCACAACGGUGACGGGACGUUCCACAGAAUUUCAACACUGAGUUUUACUCCUCGGGAGGGAGACGUUCACUCCUGUUCGGUGGAGCAUCCAUCUUUACAUCGGCCUCUCGCCAGGAGCUGGGAGCUGAAGGAGAGGCAGAGCAGUGUGAGUCCUGCAGCUGGAUUCUUCGGUGUGAGCCUUGUUUUGUGCCUGAUGGGAAUCGGGGCCGGAGCCUUCCUCUUCACCAAGCAGCCAAAUUAGUGCCCUCACUUUGGGGAUUUUAACUAAAGCAGCUAAACCAGCAUUCAACUAAGCACUUACAUGUUUUAAUGAAUGCUUGACCUUUUUUUUUUUUGCAUAAUGAAACACAACUAC